AACACUGUUGAUUUCCUGCGAUGGUUAAGGUGGGUUACAUCUACAAUAACAAAAUAGUCGAGAAGGAGGUCUAUGAAGCAUGUUUGGCUCUUUGUGAAAUGAAGAAAAGUUCGGAACCAUUUGAGGAGCCCAAUCAAUUUCCAAGUUCAACUUCCAUUUCUAUGGUCGAUGAUCAACCUCCUGUGGUUAACGAACAACCUCCGAUAGUUAAUGAACAUGCUCCUGUAGUCAAUGAAGCUUUACUCAACAACAACAACAAUAACAAUGAAAAUGUGGCAGCAGUCGUGGCUGAUAGAGAUUUGGGUAGACUUCCACCAAUGGUAGUGAUCCAAAACAUAAUUGGAGAGUGCAGUCCACCAUUCGUGAAGCAAUUGACGAAGACAGAUGUGACAGACAGUCAAGGGAGAUUAGCACUUCAUAAAGAGUUUGUGAAUCGUAAUUUGGUUCCAAUGUUCAAUGGUGAUGAGAUUCUGACGAAUGGAAUUAGUGUUACCGUUUAUGAUAGUGAAGGAAGAGAAUACGACAUGACAUUCAGGCUUUGGACUUCUAAACUUUAUGUGCUAACGAAAAGUUGGAAGAAGUUUUACCAUGACAAUGGUUUAACACGACCCGAUGAAUUUAUUACUCUUUGGAUGUUUCGACAUGUCGUCAAUCAUAAGCUUUGCUUUGCUAUUAUGAGAGGAAACGUUGAAGGACAUUGA